AUGGCUGUCUAUCUCAUAGGUGGAUUCGAUGCUCACUUUGUUGAACCUCUCAAUGAUCGAUACACAUGCCCUAUUUGCCACUUGGCAGCACGAGAACCAACGCUGACCAAGUGUGGUCACCAAUUUUGCCAGAAGGAGAAACUGAAGAAAUCAGAAAUCUAUCCAAACAACAUGACAAAACGUGAGAUUCUUAGUUUGAAGAUUCUUUGUGAUAAGUGUGAGGCAGGCUGUAGUUGGCAAGGUGAACUGAGACAGCGUGAUGAACACAACCAGGAAUGUGGCUAUGGAGUUGAAGCGUGCAGCAAUGAUUGUGGAGAAAUGAUAAUGAGAAAGGACAUGGACUAUCACAAGCAGAAUGAGUGUAAUCGCCGAAUAGUGGAUUGUUACUACUGUGAUACACAGCUGGAAUAUGGACAGUUAACUGUUCAUUAUGAGACGUGUUAUAGUUACCCUAUUGACUGUCCUUAUGAGUGUGGAACGCAGGUUGCUAGGAAGGACGUGGAAGUGCAUAUCAGCAGAGAGGGCGUAUGCCCCACCAGUUCUCUACAGUGUGAUUUUGCAUCAGCUGGAUGCCAGUUCAUUGGGAAUAGAGAGCAACUACAAGAUCACCUGGACAAGAACAUAGUCUAUCAUUUUAGUUUGGCGAUGCAAACAGUGAGCAAUGUACAAGAGAGACUGGCAAGUGCUGAAAAGAAACAAGCAUUAGCAGACAAAAAGCAAGCAGAAACAGGCAAAGAGUUAGCAGCUGUUAAGAAAACACUGCAACAGACAGACAAUGAGUUAGUGGUUGUUAAGAAAACACUGCAAAAGACAGACAAUGAGUUAGUGGUUGUUAAGAAAACACUGCAAAAGACAGACAAUGAGUUAGUGGCUGUUAAGAAAACACUGCAACAGACAGACAAUGAGUUAGUGGCCGUUAAGAAAGCACUGCAACAGACUGAAAGUUUACUGUUGGCUGCAAACUAUAAGACAUUCAGCAAAUUUUUAGGUGGCGAGAGCUUAGAGAAAGAUGAUCAGAAACAGUCAGUGGAGUAUGUGAAGGCUUUACUGGACAAACCAAUACAAAUUUCAUUUGAAAUGGAUGACACUCUUGUAUACCUGUGGAAGAUAGAGUCACAACAGUUACCAGACUUGAAAUUGUACAAAUCACAGCAGUGCGCAAUUUUAUCUAACAAAUUCAACACCGGAAAUCGAAGUUUGCAUUUACAACUUGAACUUUCUUGUCGAACAACCAUCACGUCUAUUUCAUGCACCUAUACAUUUGAAGCAAAGGUGUACUAUUGGGGUCAACAACAAGCCAAGAAAUCGCACAAGUCAAAGUAUUUGAUGUCAAUUUUGCUGCAUGAUAAUCAUCAUUACAGGUCAAGAGUCCAGAAAGAGAUUGACUUUAGUCACUUGGCUACGCAUGAACAGUUCCAUGAUGUAGAAAAAGAUUGUUUGUCUGUGGUUUGUCCGAAAUUUGAACGCGUGUAUUCUUCUAGCCUAGAUGUGAAAGAUGGGUUGUUGGUUGUCUUUGAGUUGCAAUCAAAACUCUAACUGUGUUUUUUAAUUUUUUGGCUGCAAGUUUUACGAGCGUAUAGGAUGUGGGAGUUUUAUAAUUAGUGAACAGUUUAUGAUCGUUUGACAGGAAUAUUUAACUUAGCUGUCUUGUGCUGUACGCAGGAGUUCUAUACUGUUGUAUGUAUUGGGGUUUGUAGUUGGUGUAAUACAG